CUCUGCUCUACAUCUCGAAUCGUUCCGAUCCGAUUCGAUUCGAUUCGAUACAGCUGCCCAAGGAUAAUCCAUUGAAAUUACAACCGAAACAUCAAGGACCGCAAACUUGUGAAUUCUUUUUUGAAAAGUGCAAAUGGUGUUUACCUGAAUAAAGAUUUUAAAAAGUUUGUGAAUCCUUGCAAACGAAUACCAACCAUUGACUGUGCCGAGUUUGAAAAGUGAAAAUAUGAAGCUCCAUUUGAUUGCCCUUCUGGGCAUGCUUAGCGUGGUUCUGGCGGAUCCUUCGCCCACCCUGGCACCGCCCAUAUUGCCCUGUGUGCACGCGGCCACCGCGGGCUACUCGUAUCCUCCGCCGGCGGAGGUGAAGUUCUCCAUCUCGCCCGGAGUGACCAAGUACAGCCAGAGCCCUGCGGUUUCCACAUACUCGGAAAACGGACACCUCCUGCACACCUCGGUGGGAAGUUCCGGCGCGUCCUACCAGUCAACGGCCGGAAUCGAGGGUCUGUCGCAUGGCGGCAUCGCACAGAUCGACAAGUACAUAGCCCCGGUGCAGAAGACCCUGUUCAGCCCAUCGGCUGAGUACGGAGGAGCGGGAAUCACCUAUGCGGACAAGUCGCCAGCCGCCAAGUACGCAACGGUGGUGCCAUCUGGAAUCGAGAUCAAGAACCUGGUGUCGCCGGCCAUCAGCAAGCUGGACAACACCUACUUGCCACCAUCGCCCGGAAUCUCGAAAGUGGCCACGUACACCUCCCCUGGAUACAGUUACAGUUCGGCCACUCCGGCCGUAUCCAAGGUGGCCACCUACUCCUCGCCAGCUCUCUCGAGCAUUCCCUACUACGCGCCACCAGUGACCUCCAAGGUGGAGACCUACAGCUCCCCUGGCUACACGUACUCCAAGGCCACUCCCGGCUACUCCAAGGUGGAGACCUACAGCUCUCCUGGCUACAGCUAUGGACACGUCUCUCCUGGGGUCUCUAAGAUUGCCACCUAUUCGCCGGCGCUUUCGUACUCGGCGCCGGCGAUUGCCAAAGUGUCCAGCUACUCAGCCCCCGCUCUUAAGUUGGCCACCACCUCGACACUGCUCUCCGCCCACGGAACAGGAUACUCAGCGAGCUAUGCUCCGUCACUAACGAAAUACAGCCAGGCCGCAGAUGUGUCCCACCAGUACUUCUCGAAGCCCAUAGUGGCCGCCUAUCCAGCGGCUGCCCCGGCGAUCACCAAGGUGGCUGCCAGCUACGGAGGCACCGCAUCCGGAGCUCUUUCCCACCAGUACAUCUCCCAGCCCGCUCUGGUCGCAGCGCCAGCGAUCGCCAAGGUGGCUACCUAUGCUGCUCCAACGGUGGCCACCUACUCGUCCGCCCCCGCCGUCACCAAGCUCUCCACGAGCUAUGGAGCUUCAGGAUCGGGGGCAGUUUCCCAUCAGUAUGUUUCCAAGCCAGCGGUGGCCAUUGCCGCUCCAGCGAUUGCCAAGGUAGCCAGCUAUGCUGCUCCUGCCAUCUCCAGCUACUCCAGUGGUGCGGCCAUCUCGAAGGUGGCCACAUACGCAGCUCCCACUGUAUCUACCUACUCCUCGGGCUCUGGAUAUGGGGCAAGUGGCUCAGGGGCCGUGUCCCAUCAGUACGUAUCCAAGCCGGCAGUGGCCAUUUCAGCUGCGCCAGCCAUUGCCAAAGUUGCGACCUAUGCUGCUCCAGCCAUUUCUACAUACUCCUCAGCUCCAGUGGUGACCAAGGUGGCUACCGGCUACGGAGGAAGCGGGUCGGGAUACAGCUCGGGUGCCGUUUCCCAUCAGUAUGUCUCCAAGCCAGCGGUGGCCAUUUCAGCAGCUCCUGCCAUCGCCAAAGUGGCGACCUAUGCUGCUCCAUCCAUUGCCACCUACUCAUCUGGUCCCGCUGUCACGAAAAUCGCGACGAGCUAUGGAGGAUCGGGCCAUGGAGGUGCCGUCUCCCAUCAGUAUGUCUCCAAGCCGGCGGUGGCCAUUUCUGCAGCUCCUGCAAUCGCCAAGGUAGCCACAUAUGCUGCUCCGGCCAUCUCCACCUAUGCCACUGCUCCUGCCAUCUCCAAAGUGGCCAGCUAUGCGGCUCCUGCCAUAUCCACGUACUCCUCUGCUCCUGCUUUGACCAAGGUUUCCUACAGUCAGGCCGCCGAUGUGUCGCACCAGUACAUCUCCAAGCCCAUUGUGGCUGCCUAUCCGGCAGCUGCUCCCGCCGUGGCCACCUACUCCUCCGCUCCGGCCAUCACCAAGCUCUCCACGAGCUACGGAGCCUCCGGAUCGGGAGCCGUUUCCCACCAAUAUGUCUCCAAGCCGGCGGUGGCCAUUCAUGCAGCUCCUGCUGUCGCCAAGGUAGCCACAUAUGCUGCCCCGGCCAUCUCCACCUAUGCCACUGCUCCUGCCAUCUCCAAGGUGGCCAGCUAUGCGGCUCCUGCCAUAUCCACAUACUCCGCAGCUCCGGUGGUGACCAAAGUGGCCACGGGAUACGGGGGAAGUGGAUCCGGAUAUAGCUCCGGAGCUGUUUCCCAUCAGUACGUGUCCAAGCCAGCGGUGGCUAUUUCAGCUGCUCCCGCCAUUGCCAAAGUGGCGACCUAUGCUGCUCCUGCCAUUUCUAGCUAUUCCUCGGCACCCAGUCUCGCCAAGAUCGCCACCAGCUAUGGAGGCUCGGGACAUGGAGGUGCCGUCUCCCAUCAGUACAUCUCGAAACCUGCGAUCGCAGUGGCUCCGGUUGCUCCUGUUCUCUCCAAGACCUAUUUACCUGCUGCUCCGACCAUCGCCUUGCCCGCCAAAGUGGCCACAGGAUACGGAAUCAGUGGCUCGGGAGCCGUCUCCCAUCAGUACGUAUCCAAGCCCGCGCUGGCUAUUGGUGCCCCAGCCAUUGCCAAAGUGGCCUCCUACGCUGCUCCGGCCAUUGCGAGCUACUCGACUGGACCUGCAAUAUCGAAAGUAGCCUCCUAUGCCGCCCCUGCCAUUUCCACCUAUUCAGCGGCCCCUGUGAUAUCCAGUGGCCACGGAUAUGGAGCAAGUGGCUCCGGGUACAGCUCGGGAGCUGUCUCCCACCAGUACGUGUCCAAGCCGGCGGUGGCCAUCUCAGCGGCUCCUGCAAUAGCCAAAGUUGCCACAUACGUGGCUCCAGCUGUAGGCCACAUUUCCGGAGGACAUGCCAUCGCCUCCGGCCCCCUUUUGUCCACUAAAGUGGCCACUGGCUACGGAGGAAGUGGCUUGGGAUACAGCUCGGGCGCAGUUUCGCAUCAAUACGUCUCCAAGCCCGCAGUUGCCCUUUCAGCUGCUCCUGCCAUCGCCAAGGUGGCCGCCUAUGCCGCCGCUCCAGCCGCGAGCCACAUCAGCACAGGCCCGUCGGUCCCCCUGGGAGUGGGUCUCGGGUACGGGGGCAGUGGACAUGGACACGGCGGAGCACUGCUCAGCGGCCCCCUGACCAAGUUGACGACGGCUCCAGCCUAUUCCCUGGGAGGAAAGCUGGCCAGCAGCACCGCCUACGGAAUCCAUGCGGGUAAUUUAGGACAUGGAGCUGGUCCCAGUGGCGGCUACUAUGGAGCAAUCUCUUUGGGUCACGCAGCGGUAUCUCCAGCUCUUUCCUACCACGGUUUGCUAUCCCAUGGAUCUGGUCUGGCCCCAGGCUCCGCCUCCCUGGGCCACCUGGACUCCUCCCUGAGUGGAUACUCGCACGGAGUGGGCGGAAUUGGACCUCUGGGAGCGGGAUUUUAUCGCUAUGCUCCAAGUGUACCGGCGCUGAGCAGCCACGCCCCAGUGGCAGCCACCACCUACUUAAAGUCGGCACCCGUGGCACAGCACGCCGUUCUGAAGGUGGUGCCCGAGAAGCACCUGGAGCACUUCGAUGCUCAUCCUCGUUAUGCUUUCGAGUACGCUGUGAAUGAUCCCCACACGGGAGAUAACAAGCACCAAAAGGAGGAGCGCGAUGGUGACGUGGUAAAGGGCGAAUACUCCCUGGUGGAGCCCGAUGGCAAUGUGCGCACGGUGAAGUACUACGCCGACUGGGAGACUGGCUUCCACGCCGAGGUUAUCAACAGUCGCGAUCAGGGCAAAAUUGUGGCCAAGCGUCAGACGGAAGCCAAGUCGUGAGCUCUUCAUAGGUCGCAAAUAUCUUUGUUCGUUCAGCAACUGUAAAUAGCCUCAAAUCCAAUCUUCUUCUCAUUAAACAUUAAACGUAUUUAUACAAACCCCACAAUGACAACGACGCACAACACCAACGAUGUCAACUGGCCGCCAUCUUACCAUGAUAUAUCUAAUAUCCAACUAUAAAUCCGCCCCUCAUACCGCUCUUCUGGAUCCCCGAUACUGUGCUCAUGUGAUAAACGUUUUGUUUUAUUGAACAGCUUGCGCUGCUCUCCUCUUAAAAUGCGCGCCACUUAUUAUGCCCAACUAUUUGUACAUAAAGGAUUGUAUAUUGAUAUUUUGUAAAAUGUUAAUUUCAAAUAAACGACUUUUAAGAACGCCACAGUCGGGGGUGCUCAACAAUAAGAUUUAUUGCCAUUUAUUGUAACUAAUUGCGAAACAUGCGAAUAAAAGUUUUAAAAAGAUCACGUUACUUGAUUAAAACUGAAAAUCUCUGAUUAAAUGUUAAUGCUUUCAGGUUAA